CUUCCGCCCCUUAGCUUAUCUUAUUAAGUGUUUUCAGCUUGUCUGUAACAGUGAUUUUCGGUUACAGACUAAUAAAGGAAGUAUGCAGUGGGGGAGGAGGGGCCAGUUCUCAGUUGCAGAAGUGAAACAGGCCAGAAGAACUUUGCAAUUACACACACUAUUGCCCUGUGCCAUGAGCACUUAAGACAGACAACCAGAAGAAGCAAAAGAGGGAAAUCGAAGAAGAGGACAGUCCACCUGUGCCAUGCUGGCUGAAGGUUUUCUCAGAGUGCUGCUUUACAGGGGGGAGAGAAAGUUUGCCUCUGCUUCCAACCAACACAAAACGCAGAGACGCACUCAUUGUACGGGCCCGUUCAACUAUAUUCACUCCGACUCCAGCUCUACAGAAAACCCGACGGAUUCAGCUGAAGCAGGUCCAAACCAGGAAGAGUUAGAAUCCACCCAGGCUCAGGGACUGAGAGUGGUGCGUCAAGGUCCCGUAGGCCUCUCAAUUCCCGGGUGUUCACCUGCCCUCACCCUGGACCCUGACUGUACGGUUUGCAUAGACAACUGCAGCCUCCUGGAACAGUAUCCAGACCUACAGGUUGCUGACUCGGGCCGCAUCUCAUACAACCCACCGAGAACCACCCUCGCCCAGCACGGUUUGAACACUCCUGUCUCUGAGGUUCCCCGUCAUCCAGAAUUGGCAGCCCAGCAGGAGCCAGAAGGGGGCCCUGUUUCAUCCAUACCAGACCAGGGAUAUCUGGUUAUGGGGGCCAGCGUGAACAUCAGCCUGGAUCUGCCCGGAUCAGGGUUGGAGCCCAUGUCAAACUCGUUGCUGAACGGGCUGCUGGAGAAACAGCUGGAAGAGGUGUACAUGCAGCACCUGACUGACAACUUGGCUCGAUGCAACUCCCAUCUGGGGAACAGCCUCCUGCACGGCCUGGUGCCACCGCCGCAGCCCAUCAGCCAGCCGCAGGGGCUAGACUCACUGGACGCCAGUUUGGGGGACGGACCAGGACGGGAAACUGACAAGAAGAUUAGUUACCUGAGCGCCCAGAACAUAGUUCCCUGCUCAUCCAACUUUAGCUCCCCUGUUCUGAGGAUUUCAGAGACUGACAAUACUCAUCUAUGUUGAAAGCUGAAUGAAUAAAUCCUGCAAAAGUAUUAUAUUUUUGCUUCUGUACUUCACUCCCAAGUUUACACACUGAAAUGUGAAUUAUUUUUGUUUAGCUCUGUUUACCUAAUGUCUUUGUUUAAUUGCUUAAUGAAAUGAUGCCUGAGAUUUACCUGCUCUCAUGUGCCAUCUGCUGUUAGAUCGUUGUACUACACCACGCCGACUUUACCUGGUAUUCAUGAGAAUUUAUUUUACUGACAUUGUAAGUGGGCGUGUGUUAUUAAGGUAAUAUAAUAGCGCAAACUGUAAUCCAGUGUAUAUUCACACUGCACACUGGAAAGGCCCUCUAAAUAAGCAUGUGUUCUUCUGUAAUAUAACCCCUGUGGUGUAAAUAAACUAAAAUA